AUGAUCUUGGCCCUUUUCUUUUUCCGCGCUGCGAUCGGGCACCACACAUGUGGCGUCGCGCUCCGCCAGAGCCCGCACCCAUUGGAUAAGAGCUUCCGCGAACGCCAACAUCGGCGACCUCCACCAACUUCUCCCGCGACACCAAUGAACACCCCAAUCAGGCCGCAGGUCUACCUCGGCUCCCGCGCCCCCAACUUCACCGCCGCCUCCUCCCAGGGGCCCAUCGACUUCUACGACUACGUCGGCGACUCCUGGUGCCUGUUCUUCUCGCACCCGGGCGACUUCACGCCCAUCUGCACCACCGAGAUCGGCGCCUUCGCCGCUCUCCACGACGAGUUCAAGCUGCGCAACUGCAAACUGCUCGGCCUCUCCACGAACUCCAGAGAAACGCACAUCCGAUGGAUCAAAGACAUACAGCAAGUCACCGGCUUUAACGUAGAGUUUCCGAUCGUCUGCGACCAGGACAGGAAGAUCUCCACCAUGUACGGUAUGAUCGACCUGCGCAAUUUCGACGACAAGGGCAGACCCGUGCCCAUCCGCUCCGUAUAUCUGAUAGACAACAGGAAGGAAGUGCGACUGCUGCACGCCUACCCAUUGUCUACCGGCAGAAACACUGCAGAGAUCCUCAGAUGCCUCGAUUCCCUGCAGGUGGUCGACAAGCAUGACAGAAACGUACUGACCCCUGUGAACUGGGUACCCGGAGACGACGUGGUCGUGUCUCCGGAGCUCUCGCCCGCCUCCGCGCGCUCCGUGUUCCCGCAUCACAGAUCCGUGAGGAGCUAUCUGAGACUGACCCCUCUGGACCCAGACAUCUAG